AUGUGUGUAUUGUUAUAUAUUUUCCUCUGCUUAUUAUCUGUUGCCACAAUAUGUGGGAACCUUCUGGUAAUAAUCUCCAUCACUUACUUCAAACAGCUCCACAUCCCUACUAACUACCUCAUCCUGUCUCUGGCUGUGGCUGACCUGCUUGUAGGAGUUUUAGUCUUUCCAUUCAGCAUGGCAUUCACUGUAACCUCAUGUUUGUAUCACGAAGAUCUAUUUUGUAAAAUAAGAGAUGGCUUUGAUGUAUCGUUGUGCACAUCUUCUAUUCUGAACUUAUGUUGUAUUUCCAUAGACAGAUAUUAUGCAGUAUGUCAGCCUCUGACAUAUACAACUAAAAUUAAUGUUCAUGUUACUGUGAUCAUGAUCCUGGUCAGCUGGGGUAUUUCUGCUCUAAUUGGAAUUGGCAUCAUAAUUGGAGGAUUCAGCCAAGGAACAUGUAAAGAAAUAUGUUCAGUUGAUAUUGUUAUGGCAAACACUAUGGGACCUGUUUUCUCAUUUUACCUCCCAGCAAUCAUAAUAGUCUGUAUCUACCUGAAAAUUUUCCUUGUUGCACAGAGACAGGCACGCAUCAUCCAGAACACAGCCUGUCAGAGCACAAAGUCUGGAGAAACUUUCAGUAAGAUGGAGAAAAAAGCCACCAAAACUCUGGCUAUUGUGAUGGGAGUUUUUCUAUUAUGUUUGACUCCUUACUUUCUUUGUAUCAUCUUACAGCCUUUCACUUAUAAUCCCCCACCAGUGUCUGUGAUUGAAACACUUAACUGGCUUACACUGUCAAAUUCAAUGCUCAAUCCCUGUAUUUAUGCUUUCUUUUACAGCUGGUUCAGAUCAGCAUCUAGAAUGAUCAUUUCUGGGAAAAUAUUUCAAGGCCUCAGCAGCCGGACCCUCCUGAUAGCCCCUCUGCACGAUGGGCAGGAGCUUCUUAAGGAGGCUGCGAAUAGAUUACAGAGAGGUGGUGGUGGAGAGGGAAAUCCUGAAGUACCCCCGGAAGUAACCUCUUGCUCUGGAGUUGCUGAGUUCGGGACCAGCGUCUUCCAUGGGCAGGAGCUGGGCAAGAGGAGAGCUGUACGAGGGCCCGUGAAUGGAAGGCAGAAUUGCUCUUCAGGCAGCAGGAACUCCAACGCUUCAUCCAACGAGUGGGUGGGCUGUAACACCUCCUCGUCCUGCACAGCCCAGUUUUCCGCUUGCCGCUGCUUCUCCUUUGGGGAGUCGAGAGCUCAUUAUAGACAGCUUGCAAGCCUCACACCGGGGAUGGAGAUCUCCGGGCAGGAUGCAGCCCGUGCGGAAGAGACUGCACACCUGCAUGGUGUCGCCGUCAUCAUGCCCCACUCUGACGGUUUUUCAGGAAAAAUUUUCUUCCCUUCUUUGGUUGGUCUUUAG